AUGACCACCACAUCACGAAACCCGCACUGCGUCUUGAAGAAUAAGGCUGUCCUUGUUUCUAUACCCGAUUCCGAAUUUUCUUGUCGUACUCGCCUUUUUAUUGCCCAUGAUAAAACUGCCAACGAAGGAUCCAUCUCGAUUCGGUUUACGGCACAGCUCGCUAACCUGAGAGGCAGAUCACAGGUGCUGACGUUUAUUAUCCCUCCAGAAAUAGUCGAAAAUUGUGAAUUAGUCUCGGCAAGUGACGACGGCCUCUGUCCAUACCGUUUGCUUCUCAAGCUCCCGGCGCCUGAGACCGAACCUUCGGACGUCUCAACACUGCGUCUGAUACUCAAUAAUACCGGCAUUGUCCUUCGUCCGUCCGGGAUGGAGACUCUAAGCCCAGCCGAUCCUACAGACUUGGAUUUUGCUGCAUUUGCGAAAAUCUGUCAAUCCACAUCUCUACUUCUACACAUUUCCCAGCGACAAUUUGGGGACGAAGAACGUGGUCAGCUAAAAACUUUCUUGGGUGCCCUACGAAAAAGAAGUCUUCGGGAAAAGUUUUUCGACACCAAACGCCAACGCAUGGUCCGGACAACUUGGCGUGUUUUUAGUCCGCCCGAUCCACCCUCAUAUUGUGAUACGCUCGUGUCCAAGCAGCAGGUGGAUCCACCCCGAUAUGAGCAAUCCGUGCCUAAACAGGUGAUUGGAAAACGGGGCAGAGACCCAUGGUCCCCUGAUGAAAGACAAAGAAAACUGCUCCUUACAUCCCCUCCGCCAGGCUCUCCCUCUCCCACUCCCACCGAAGUCAAUACACCGAGUGUUCUCUCCCUGUCACCGGCCUCAAUCCGCCCAACCAACUUUACGCAUGCGUCCUCUCCCGACUGCUUAGAUCAUAACGGACUUACGCGUCUUGCAUGUGAGCUUCGCGGGUUUUCCGAUGGCCAGAUCCGCGAACUCAUUAUCAGGUCAGGACGGCAACAUCUGUUGGCCAUGUCAGAAUACACUGACCUGCCAUCCGAGUUCGAGAAAGUCGGAUUUGCCAAUGUCGAGAUAAUCAAACAGUAUGUCGAUAAGAUGAUUGAGCGCCGCCUCAAAUUACAUGUUGUCGACAUCGACAAGAUUGUCGAUCGUGCCAUGAGCGACUUUGGUCAUCACGAAGUCGAUAUUCUUGAACAGGUCCAGGCUGGUAACUCCGAGGUAAACAAUACGGCCAGUGAAUGUAUAGAGGAAAUGGACAAACAAGCGCAAAAGCACGUGAGUGAUUUGAAAGAACAAGCGCAACAGCAUGAGCUUGAUAUGGAAGAACAAGCGGAACAGCGUUUGUUUGAUAUAGAAAUAGCAGAACAGCGCUUGCGUGAUAUGGAAAAAAAAGCGGAACAGCGCUUGCGUGAUAUCGAGAAGCAGGGAUUCGAGCUUGAGAACAAAUUCGCAAAGCUCAAGCGCUGGCUCAAUGUUUCUGCCCAGUCCCUACUUGAUAGCCAGUCAAGCCCUGGCCAGCGGGGCACCGAGGCUAGACGCAUUUCCAUUUAG